AUGUCACAGAGGACAGCACACCUACAGAACCUCAAAUAUCGGAUGCCACAGAGGACAGCAAACAUACAGAACUUCAAACAUCGGAUGCCACAGAGGACAGAAAACAUACAGAACCUUAAACAUCAGAUGUCACAGAGGACAGCAAACAUACAUAACCUCGAACAUCAGAUGUCACAGAGAACAGCACACAUACAGAACCUCAAACAUAGGAUGUCACAGAGGACAGCACACAUGCAGAACUUCAACUAUAGGAUGUCACAGAGAACAGCAAACAUACAGAACCUCAAACAUCAGAUGUCACAGAAGACAGCACACAUACAGAACCUCAAACAUCGGAUGUCACAGAGGACAGCACACAUACAGAACCUCAAACAUAGGAUGUCACAGAGGACAGCAAACAUACAGAACCUCAAACAUCGGAUGUCACAGAGGACAGCACACAUACAGAACCUUAAACAUCAGAUGUCACAGAGGACAGCAAACAUAGGGAACCUCAAACAUCAUAUGUCACAGAGGACAGCAAACAUACAGAACCUCAAACAUCAGAUGUCACAGAGGACAGCACACAUACAGAACCUCAAACAUAGGAUGUCACAGAGGACAGCAAACAUACAGAACUUCAAACAUCAGAUACCACAGAUGACAGAAAACAUACAGAACCUUAAACAUCAGAUGUCACAGAGGACAGCAAACAUAGGGAACCUCAAACAUCAGAUGUCACAGAGGACAGCAAACAUACAGAACCUCAAACAUCAGAUGUCACAGAGGACAACACACAUGCAGAACCUCAGCUAUAGGAUGUCACAGAGAACAGCAAACAUACAGAACCUCAAACAUCAGAUGUCACAGAGGAAAGCACACAUACAGAACCUCAAACAUCGGAUGUCACAGAGGACAGCACACAUACAGAACCUCAAACAUAGGAUGUCACAGAGGACAGCACACCUACAGAACUUCAAACAUAGGAUGUCACAGAGGACAGCACACAUGCAGAACCUCAAGCAUAGGAUGUCACAGAGGACAGCACACAUGCAGAACCUCAAACAUAGGAUGUCACAGAGGACCGCACACAUACAGAAUCUUAAACAUCGGAUGUCACAGAGGACAGCAAACAUACAGAACCUCCAAUCUCAGAUGUCACAGAGCACAGCAAUCAUAGAGAACCUCAGACAUCAGAUGUCACAGAGGACAGCACACAUACUGAUCCUCAGACAUCAGAUGUCACAGAAGACAGCAAAUAAACAGAACCUUAAACAUCAGAUGUCACAGAGGACAGCACACAUACAGAACCUCCAAUCUCAGAUGUCACAGGGCACAGCAAUCAUAGAGAACCUCAGACAUCAGAUGUCACAGAGGACAGCACACAUACUGAUCCUCAGACAUCAGAUGUCACAGAAGACAGCAAAUAAACAGAACCUUAAACAUCAGAUGUCACAGAGGACAGCACACAUACAGAACCUCAAACAUCGGAUGCCACAGAGAAGAGCAAACAUACAGAACUUCAAACAUCAGAUGCCACAGAGGACAGAAAACAUACAGAACCUUAAACAUCAGAUGUCACAGAGGACAGCAAACAUAGGGAACCUCAAACAUAGGAUGUCACAGAGGACAGCAAACAUACAUAACCUCAAACAUCAGAUGUCACAGAAGACAGCAAACAUACAGAACCUCAAACAUCAGAUGUCACAGAGGACAUCACACAUACAGAACCUCAAACAUAGGAUGUCACAGAGGACAGCACACAUGCAGAACCUUAAACAUCAGAUGUCACAGAGGACAGAAAACAUACAGAACGUUAAACAUCAGAUGCCACAGAGGACAGCAAACAUAGGAUGUCACAGUGGACAGCAAACAUACAGAACUUCAAACAGCAGAUGCCACAGAGGACAGAAAACAUACAGAACCUUAAACAUCAGAUGUCACAGAGGACAGCAAACAUAG